AUGUGGGACUCAAAGCUCUUCCUUUCUGUACUCCUAAUCACUCUUGCCUUGGCUUAUGCACAGGAGGAGCAUGCAUCCUGCCUGUUAAGCCAAAGAUACAAAGCCUACCACAAGUAUGAAUACCUGUACGAAGCUGAGUCCUUGAAUGCGGUCAAUGGUGCUUCACAUCUCAAGAAUGGACCGAAGGCCACAUGCAAGGUUGAAAUUGAAGUACCUCAGGCUUGUAGUUUCAACGUUCGCACCACUGGCUGUAGCCUGAGUGAGGUGGUUGACAUGGACACACAAGGCAACCCUGUGUUCAGUCCUGCGCCCAGCUCUGAUGCCUUUGCCGCUGAAAUGGAGAGAUAUCCUCUGAAGGUUAUGGUUAAGGGUGUGUAUGAUGUGAAAUUGUAUCCUGAGGAUGGCGAGACAACAACCAUCCUGAACAUAAAGAGGGGUAUCAUCUCUGCCCUGGCUGUGCCUCUGCUGGAAGAAGACAAGAACAAGAACAUGCCCACUAUCCAUGGCAUGUGUAAGACCCAUUACUCCAUCAAUGCUAGAGAGGAUAUUGCAACUGACGUCAGUCUCAACAGGGAUCUGUCCAGAUGUGACAAAUUUGUCCCAAUGAGAGAUCACACCAGCCCUCUGGCGCUCAUCUCUGGCAUGCACUACCCUCUUUCCCAGCUGGUCAGAAGCUCCCAGACCUGCAACUACAAGUUUGACAAUGAGAAUAAACACAUGACCUCUGGCUCCUGCACUGAGAACCACAUCCUCAUUCCCUUCUCACACAAGGGAGAGUACGGUGUUACCAACACUGGAAAGCAAGAGCUGACCCUGGUUCAGGUUUCUCCUCACAACGACAGAGUCUUUGACCGAAGUGACAUUGCCAUGGGUCUUCACAUGGAAGCUGUUGAGGACAAGACUUUUGUCCAGGAUACAACCGCUUGUCUGGACCUCCUGAGAGAACUGGCCACUCUGCCUGAGACCGAGGGUGAGAGGAGGGCCCACCUCUUCCACAAGAUUGUCACCAUGGUCCGCGGAAUGAAGACUGAGACCCUGAGCCCUGCCAUUCCUGAGGCUCUUGCAGUGUCCCGUGUCCUGACCUACCAGGUUCUGGCUCAGUGUGGAACUCCUGAGUGCAGCAGUGCCAUCAUGCAGAUCCUCAGGACCUUUGACAGCUCAUCUCUGGAGGUUGAUGCCACUGUUUUCGCUAUGGGACUUGUGUCCAAUCCCUCUGCCCUCCUGAUCAAUGACAUGCUUGAGAUGGCCAAAUACAAGAUCAGCAAGCCCAUCAUGUAUGCCCUGAGCAAUGUUGUCAAGAGGUUUUACAAAACUGAAGGGAAACUGAUCCCUGAGAUUUAUUCUGUUGCUGAGUUCAUGGCAGCCCAGUUGGGAGACUGUUCUGGUGACAAAGACAACACUUUUAUGACACUGAGGGUUAUUGGAAACAUGGCUCCAGCUGUGGUGCCAGCUAGUCCUGCACUCAGAGCUGCAGUGAUCCAAUGUGUGAACCAACCUGCAGCUUCCCUCGCUGUGCAGCAGGCCGCCAUCCAAGUGUACAGGCUGACUCCCGUGCCUGAAGAGGGCAGAGAGGUUCUCAUGCAGGUUGUCUUGGACAGUGCUAGCCCCAUGCAAAAGCGUAUUGCUGCAUAUCUGGUACUUAUGAAGGACCCUCAGCCAAGUGAACUGGCUCAGCUGACUGUUGCCUUGCCCAAUGAACAAGAGACACAAGUCAGGAGCUUUGUGAUCUCCCACAUUACCAACAUUUUGUCCUCAACUGAGCUUGAAACCCAAGAGCUGAGACAGAAGAUUCGUGAUGCUCUGCAAGGUAAUGAGAUUGGACCUAUCAUGGACCCCACCAAGUUCUCUCGCAACUACAAGGCUGGAUCUGUGGAAGGCAACAUGAUCUUUGAGGGCUCCAGUUACCUGCCCAAGGAAGUCAUGCUUGAAAUGACUCUUAAGGCAUUUGGCUUUGACAUUGACAUGAUGGAGAUUGGUAUGGAGGGCAAAGGAUUUGAGCCAACUGUUGAUGCCCUGUUUGGAGAGAAUGGAUUCUUCCCCGACACUGCCCUGAAGACAAUGUACUUUGUGUCUGACAACAUGCCACUCAGAGUCAAUGAGAUCCUGCAGAACAUGCUGCCAGCUCUGAAGAAGUACAGCAUGAACAGACAGGCUUCACAGAACCUGAUGAGGGAAGUCGGACGCAACCUCAACAAACUGGUAAAGGAACUGAGCAGUGCACAGUCUCCAGAGGCCAUGGUGUAUUUGAGACUCUUAGGAAAUGAGCUUGGAUAUUUGAAAACCAAUGAAAUGGAGGAGAUGGCUUACUCUGCUGCCAUGAUGAUUGACAGCAUGUUCAAGAUGGUCCCUACUUAUCUGUCAAAGCUAAUGAAGGAACUGAUGACUAAGGCCGACAACACAAUCUUUGCCCACUACAUCUUCAUGGACAAUGAAUUCUUCCUCCCUACUGUCACUGGUGUGCCUCUGAGGGUUGCACUGUCUGGUACAUUCACCCCUGGUAUCAAGGGAGGACUUAAGAUUGCUCGCCACAUGAGCGAAGUUGCCUUCAUGCCCUCUGCUGGCAUUGAGUUUGUAACUCAAGUUGGCUCCCACAUCCCUGAAUAUGUCAACUCUGGAUUAGAGAUGCACACCAACAUUUUCCACGAGAGUGGGCUCACUGCCAAAAUCUCCAUGGGACAGGACCAAAUCAAGUUGACUAUCCCUGCUCCAAUGACCCCUACCAAGCUCAUCAAAAUGACAAACAACCUGGUGGCAGUGACUGGAUCAGAGGUGAAAACAAUCCCUCCCAUGGUGAUGGACAAGGUUGAUGUUAGUGAGUGUACUCCCUUCUUCACUGGAAUGAAAUACUGCACUGCUCUGAAGUACACUGAUGCUUUCUCUCAAGAGACAGCCCCAUACUUCCCCUUCACCGGAGACAGCAAAUUUGCUGUGGAGCUCCACCCUACCGGUGAAGUCACUGAGUACACAGCCACCGUUGCCUAUGAGCUCCUCAGGGAGGGAGAAGAAGGCAGGCAGAAGGUUGACUCUGUGAAGUUUGUUCUGAGGGCUGAAGGUGUGGAGCCCACAGAAGCCAGAGCAAUCAUGAAAUAUAACAGAAGGAAGAAUGUCAUCACAGCUGACUUCCAGAUCCCCGACUACGAUGUGGAAGCUGGAUUCAGACUGGGUGUUGUUGACGGAAACACCAAGGGCAAAGGAACUCACUCCAUCUCUCUUGACUUGCUUAACAAGAACAUCCCUCAGCUCUCCUUGGUUGGCCGUGCCAGUCUGAAGGCCAUGAAGGAAGGUAUGCUGCAAGUCCAACUUCUUGUCCCCUCAAUCAAAACUGAUGCCACUUUCACCGCUAACCUGAAGCGUGAAGAAGAACUGGAAUUGGAGCUUGAGAGUGACAUCAAGGUCAUGGAUGCCAAGUCUGAGCAGAAAAUUGCAAUGAAAUAUGAUGCCAGCAAGAUUGAGGUUGAGAUCAAGUCUGAUGUGAAUACUGAGACUACCAUCUUGCCAAAUGCUGAUGUGUUUGAGAAGUAUGGCAACCAACUUCUUGACACACAGGUGGGCCAGACUGACAUGAAAGUCCGUCACAUCUUUAAGAAGUUUGUGGAGGCUGCAAACAACUACAUGGACAAGUAUGGUGAUGAUAUCCCUUACAUUCAAAACUUCAGAGUACCUGAUAUGUCUGAGAUUUCCCUGCCAGGGACAUUGUUCAUGAAUACUGCGGCAAAGGCUGUCUACUACUUCAACAAUGAGCGCUUCACCAUUACUAUCCCUCUCCCUCUUGGAGGAAAGUCAACAGAAGAGCUCAACUUCCCUCCUCUUUUUGGCAAAGCUGAGCUUUCAACACUGAUGAAGAGCAACCUAUAUGACAUGGAGGCCUCAAUGGCUGCCGGCAAAGAUGUAGUGGAAACACCUAGCUACUCAGCUAAGUUUGAUGUGAAAGGAACUUCCCCAGUUGACAUUCUGUCAAUAAAGAUUGAAGGCUCUGGAAUGUUAGCCACCACUGAUUCCAUCAAGGCCCACGUGAAAAGCUCUUUGGCCCAUAAAUUUAUUGAAGCCAGUUUUAGUAUUGUUGAAGAUGCAACCAUCACAGACAAAAUCAAUUUGAGAUCAAGCAGCAAGGUUGAAGCCACAAGUCUUUUCGGUCUCAACAUUGCACUGGAGCACACUGGUAUAACCGUAGUCAACACUGAAGAAAUCUCUGCCAAUAGCAAAUUUGAUGGAAUGUUCAAUGCAGGGCCCCUCUAUGGCAAGACCAUUUCAACCCAAUCUUUUAACAUCCUCCCAUUCACGCCAGAAGCAAAGAUCGAUUCUUCUGUUCAGUUUGACUCCACUAUUGUUAAGGCCGAGAACACAAUUGCAGCAACCCUUGUUAAUGGGGAAUUCUCAGUUGUGUCCAACACCAAUGCCUUUGAUAACACCUUGAACCAUGUUGUUGACCUUUCCUUCAAAGACAGCAAGCUGUCACUGAAAUGUGAUGCCAGUGCUCUUGCUCUUGGUAUGACAAUCCGCAACCAGGCUGAAGCCUCUGCUGGUGCUGGUGAAGUUGUCCUAAGAAUGGAGACAAAUGCAGACCACUCUGAAAACCGUGUUUACUCUCUGCUGACUGCCUCUCUUGAUGUCAAUGGUCUGGCUGUAAACAGCGAUGCCACUGUGAAGCUCCUUGAGAAUGAGGGUACUCACAAGAUAACUCUGACAAUGAACAAGGAUGGUUUGACCACAAGUGGAACAACCACCCUCCAGAGCCCCCUGUCCCUGGAAAACACCUUCAGUGCUGGGCUUGAUGCUUCAAGGGCUACUCUAUCCAUUACCAACAAGGCUGCAAUGCGUGACAUCAAGGUUGAUAAUGCCAACACGCUGAUGAUUACUCUCUCUAGCCUUGACUUCAACUCAAAGGCUGAAGCCACUGCUAGUGAGUAUGCCUCUUACACUCAUGAUAUCACCAUCGACAUGAAACCUUACACUGCGUCUGCCAAUGUUAAUAACAACUUGAAACUUCUGGCUGCCCACUUCAUGAAUGAGGCUAAACUGCAGGCAGAGCUUUACAAGAUGGACCUGACUGGAAGCCUGAACGCCAUCUAUGGAGAGGAAGAGAUCAAGCACACCUAUCAGGUUAACUAUGCUGAUAUGACUGCUAACGCAAAGUGCAGCACCACUGGAAAACUCUUUGGAACCCACAUGAGCCACAACACUGAGCUUGAAAUUAUUGGUCUUGCUGCCAAGAUCACUAACGAUGCCCGCUUCAACUCUCAGCCAAUUCGCUUUGACCAUACCAUCCGUUGCAGCAUUGUUCCUUUUGAUUUCAACCUUGAUGCCAUCUUCAAUGGUGAUGGAGACAUGACCAUGUAUGGAAAGCACAGUGCCCAGCUCUACGGCAAGUUCCUCCUCAAAGCACAACCCCUGGCUUUUGCUAGCUCACAUGAAUGCAGGGCAUCUGCGACCCAGCAGUUUGAUAAUGGUUUUUCCCUUGAGACAAUGAUUGACAACAACUUGGAUACCAUUCUUUCACUCCAAGAGCAGAAGACCAAUUUUAGAAUGAAGUCUAAAAUGAAUGAGCACAUCUUCCAGCAGGACAUGAGUGUUUACAACACUGAUGAAAGAAUUGGAAUGGAAAUUUCUAGCACUGUCCUCACAAACAUCAUCAACACUGACUCUACAGAGAACCAGGAAUUCACCAUCUCUAGCUUUCUCAAGUAUGACAAGAGUACAAGUAGUCACAUAAUCCAGUUCCCUCUAACUGAAAAUCUUUCAGUUGUCUUAGAAAGCAUCAGGGUUUGUGUUGUGCAGUUUGCAGAGACACUGAAGGACUACAUUAACAAUGCAGAGAUAAGGGCUAAGCUUGAGGCUGUUACUCAGUAUGUAGGUGACUUUGUUGCUCAAUUAGAUAUAGAAAACAAGGCAAUCCAAUUGAAGCAGCACUUAAAUUAUUUUAGCCAAAAUUAUGUCAUCUCCAUGAAUGAUGUGGAAGCCUCUUUGAGGAAUCUGAAGGUUUCUGUUGAGAAACUGAUGGCUGAUCUAACUGUUUAUAUCCAACACUUUGCUGGUGUGAUUACGGACAUUUUCGUCGAUGGCACCCUCCCUGAAACCUUAAUUCAGGAUAUCCAGUAUAAGCUUAGUGUUAUAAAUGAAGAGUAUGGUGUCAAGACUAUGGUUGUGUCUAUGAUUGAUUCCAUAAAGGAGAUGAUAGAGGCGAUUGACCUGGAAAAGCUGAGGGGCAGCAGCAUUGCAUUCCUGUAUGAUAUUGAUGCCAAGUAUGAAAUCAAAUCUAAACUACAUACAAUAAUUAGUGAUAUGAAACAAAUAAGUGAAAACUUUGAAGUGCAGAAUUUUGCCUCUGAGCUGAAAAGGUACAUUUCAUCCAUCAAUGUCAAAGCUCACAUUGAACAUCUAGUGAGUCAGAUUCCCACAGAGAUUUUAAGUGAAAUGGCAGAUUACUUUAGGGAAAUAAUGCAGGACUUUGACAUUGUUGGUAGACUCAACACAUUUAAUGCCAAGAUGAGAGUGUUGAUUGUACAGUUAGAGGCCGACAAGAAGGUUCAAGCCAUCCUGGAAAAAGUUGUAGAGCUCAUCAAGCAAUUCCGAAUUGAGGAAACCAUCAGGGCUGUAGCCAAAUUAGUGAAGGAUGCAGGUAUCCCCUCCAAAUUCACGCAAGCCUUCCAGGAUGCUAUCAGCUACAUGAAAGCAACUGAGAUUAGAGGAAUAAUUACACAACUGAAUGUAUAUCUUGGCGUCAUUGAAUAUAAACUGAAUUCAUUUGAUUAUAAUGACUUUGUGGAUCAUGCCAAUCGAAUGAUUGCUAAUGUGAAUGAACUCAUCAGGUCUCUUGAAAUCCCCCAGAAACUUGAGGCAACAAGAGAUUUUGCUAACUUUGUGUUUUCCUCUAUUAGAGGAUCUCUGGAACAACUAAGAGAAAUCAAAAUUGUAGAAUUUAUGAGAAAUGUAAGGGAUAUUAUCAUCAUCGACUUGAUUGAUUUAAUUAUUAAUAUUGAGGUGAAACUGUUUGAUAUAGGUGCUUCAUUUGGGGACCUGAGUAUGACCUACCUUGCUGCACUGCCUGAGGUUUCACUUCCUGAGAUUACAGUACCUGAGUUCUCUUUCCCCACCCUGCCUACUGUUCCAGCAGAGAAACUUAUUGAGACUCUCCAGCUCCCAACACUUAAUCUGCCAGUCAUUCCUCGUGAGAUUACGAUUCCAGGAUUUGGUAAAUUGAGGUAUGAGAUAAAAGUCAACUCCCCCUUCUACAUUAUUAGGAAUGCUGCUGAGGUCCAGAGCUCAUUUGAUGAUGAUACUUCCCAGCUGACAGCUUUUGUGACAUCCCAAGGGACAUCUCUGAACUUUGAGAGCCUUAACUUUAAUCUGGAUUCCACUGCUCGCAUUGCUCUUCCCAAAGGGGGUCGUGUGAUUGCUGCUGAAACCUUUAAAUUCACCCAUGCUUUUCUUGCUGUGGACCACGAUGUAUCUGUGACAUUCUAUGACUUUUCAGCCCAGGCCUCAGCCAAGAACAUAGUAAAGGCCACCACAGCAGCCUACAAUGCUGAGCUUUUAAACGAAGCUUUCUUAGUUACAAAGGGCGGUUUAUCUGCUACUACUGACACUUCCUACAAACAUGUGCUCAACCUCCCCACCAUUGGCCUCACUGGUGAGACAUCUGUGAUUCAAAAAGUAAUGGCCCGCCAGGAAAGUACCACUAUUACAGUAACUGUUGGCAAUCAGGGCACUUCCGCCUUCAACUCUCAUGACAGUACCCACAAGAGUGAUCUGCAAGUCAUAGUCAAUCCAGCUACAGUCAAGUUGACCUUCAUUAGCGACACCGAUACAUUCCUUCUGAGGAUGAAACAAACCCUGAGUGCUGACUCUGUCAUCUUCAGCAAUUUCAAGUUUGAUGUUCGCUCUGAAGCAGAAGGCCCUGCCGUCAAAAACAGCCUUGUAGUUGGAUCAAUAAAUGCUGACCUUCAAGAAAUGAAGUUUGAGCUGAAGGCAACCCAUAGCACAGAUUUAGUUGGAAUUGUUAAUGGAGCUUUCAACAAUGCAAUCAACGUUGCUGUUUGUCCCACUGAGGUUGUGUUCAGCUUUCAGAAUAAGGGAAACACAAAGUUCAAUUUCAAUGAUGUUUUUACUGCCAAAAUGGAUCUGCAGAAUGAUUACUCUGCAACAUUCAGGCCUGACACACACCAUAUGAAUACUGUAGCUCUGGCUCGUCUCAAUCAGCACAAACUGUUCUGGAACUUGACUGUAGAGAACAAUGAGAGGGAGGCUGCUAUUUUUACUGCCGUAGAAGGAGAAGCAAACCUUGAUUUCUUAACUGGGCCUAUCAGCAUCCCUGAAAUUAAUAUUCCGUUUGUUGACUUCCAUACCCCGGCCAUUAGUGAUCUUGAUUUGUAUGACCAAACUGGGCUGAAAAACAUUUUGACUACCACUGAACAGACUGUUAAUGUGGAUGUUAAAAUUGUUUACCAAAAAAGCCAAACUGCACCCAUUGUUGAUAUAAUGGGUCUGAUCAACAUUGCCCCUAUGGGUAACAUGAUCACAGAACUGUCUUUCAAGUCUGCCAUUAUUAACCUAAAUGUCAAUGCUGGAUUGUAUGCUGAGGAUGAUCUGGUAUUCCGUCUGGGAGCUACCACCACUUCUGUAUUCGAGAGCCUAAAAGCCAAACUCGAUGGUACCACAAGUCUGACCACCAAGAGAGGAAUCAAGUUGGCCAAUUCCCUGUCCCUGGAAAAUCGUCACAUUGAAGGCACUCAUGACAACACAGUCAGUAUGAGCACUGAAACUUUUGAAACUGCUGUCUCUGUGACUACUGUUGCGAAGAUUGCCCUCCCUAUACUCAACCUGGAAGCAAACCAAAAUCUGGUUGCAGACACUACAACCAAAGCAAAUGUUGUUUCCACCUUGACAAUGAAGGGUGAUUUCAACAUCCCUGUGAUCAAAGCUGUUGGAAAUGCAGAGGCAGACCACAAUCUGAAGCUGGAGGGAACAAUUGAUGAUGUUUCCAUGGAGUCAACAACUAAGGCAAAGAUGGAUGGCACAGUGCUUGAAGACUACGUAGUUUUGGGAGUCCUGGAUAAUGAGGUUAAUGUGUACAUGAAUAAUAAUGGCCUACGCUGCACCUCCAAGGUCAUUUCUGAUGCCAAACUUAACCAUGCUACCAUCCCAGUCAUCGCCAUGGAUAUAAAUGAGAACAUUGCUGUUGAAGCCUCCCUGAGCCGUGUAUAUGCAGUGCUGAAAUAUGCUGGCAACAAUGAAGUAAACUUAUUCAGUUUCAACACCAAGGGGAAGCAUGUGGCCCAGGCUACCAUUGAUCUUGCACCAGUGUCUUCCUUGACUGUUGAUAUUGAGAUUGAUAUGUCUCAACCAAGUAGCCUGGGUGAUCUCACCAUCUAUGAGAAAACUGUUGCUGAAGUGACAGCUGCCAAGCAGAAGAUCUCUACAAUUACCAAGUUUGUCAGCCUACUGUACACCACAAACCAGCUAGCUGAGUUUGAGGGCAAUGCUCCAGUCUUCAAAGUCACCUUCAAGUCCUCUGCCGCCUCUGCUAUUGACUUCUUGAAUUAUGACCUGAACUCUGCCAUCACCAUUAAUUUUGAAGAAGCUGGAGUAAGCCUGACUGGGACAGGGAUUUUCACCCAUACCGAUCUAACCAUGGACAUUCAACAUGUUUUUUCCCAUACUUUGAGGUAACAAUUGAAACAACCAUUUGCCUCCCGUGCCUCCCUGAAUGUGGACAUCACCAGCCCUGCCUUCACAGAUGUCAACUUGCGUUGUGCUGCCCGCAAAGAUGGAAUCAGUUCUAAAAUUUCUAUCCCCUCUGCUGGCUUGCUGGGUCUUCAGCUCAAUGGCAGGGUCCCAUCUCAGAUGAAUGCCAGGGUUUAUGGCCGUUAUGCUUCUGAUCCUGGGAAGGAUGUUGAGAUCUUCACCAUCAAAGCUUCUGCCAAGGAUGUGGAUAAAAUAAAUCUAAAGCUGUUCUUCAACAUGGAUGCCCCUAACAUCAUGCUCAGUGGACUACAAGAAAGACUUCCUGCCAUCACCUCAUGUUUGUCUAGCUAUGCUGAGAAACACCAGUUCUUCAGAUACACUGGUCAACUAAAGAUUAUUAUUAUUGAAUACAUUGAGGAGGCCCACAGUAUAGCAAACAACCAUAGCCCACAUCUGAGCCAGGUGUCUAUCCUCUUUAGGAACACUGUUGUUCAGUACCAGAAGACUGUUCAAGUCUUUCUUGAUUCUUCCAUCAAGGUGCUGAGAGAGACCCAGGUCAAACUGCCUGGCUCUAAAGAGAUGAGCUCUCUCAUUGAGGUGGUCAAUAAGCUGACCAUCAGCAUUACUACUAUGGUACAGAAGGCGAUGCACAUGGUGGCUGUUAAUGUCGAAUAUGCUUUCAAUGUUGCAUUUAACAUGAUCAGUAAAAUUAACGUCACAAUGCAUGUUGGUGAUGUUAUGGCUGGAGCUAAAAUAAUAGACCAGAUAAGAGACAGGGUAAAGAUGGUGCUUAAUCCUGUUGUGGAUUUUUUGAAACAAGUUGAGAGUGUAGACAUGCUUCUUGAGAAACUGGGUGACACCUUGAAAUUCUUUGUUGACAAAGCUCAGGACUUUGUUGACAACAACCUGAAGUCUGAUUUCCUUGGUGCCAUUGCUGUCUACAUGAAUGCUCUCUAUGACAAAUAUGUUAACUUUAUGAAAAUAAUCACCAACUAUGCAAACACAGCUGUCGACAUUGCAACUAUAAAUGGCACCAUUGAUUACAUUCUGGAAACUGUCAGAUCUGUAGUGAAUCAAUUUAACUACACCGUUACUGACCUUCUAAAGCAGGCUCCUGCUCACUACAGAUCUUACAUAAAAGUUCAGGGUAAAAGGCUUGAGAUUAAUCUUUGA